AUGUGUGUGUUUGAUUACAAUACAUUCACCAACAUCCUGAACCGUCCCAAUGGAUUUAAGCCGGCUGGAACGCCAGAGGAAUUCAUUCGUGGUUUCCAAGUGUUCGACAAAGAUGGCACGGGUCAAAUUGGCGUCGGAGAACUCCGCUAUGUGCUUACAAGUUUGGGUGAAAAGCUUUCAAACGAGGAGGUCGAUGAGCUACUGAAGGGAGUUGCUGUGGGCGAGGAUGGCAGUAUCAAUUACGAGGCUUUUGUUCGCCAAAUCCUAUCACAGUAA